ACUCCGCCCACCGCCAGUCACGGACCCCACGAGCCCAACGGCCGACCCAACGGCUCCCUCCCUCUCUACCCGCCUACCUGUCGCCGCCCGGCCAUAGCCGUUGCGCCCUUACUAUAUAGCCGUUUCCUCCCUCUCCUCCGCUCCCCACUCCUCCCUGACUAGUCUCACCGCCGCCGCCGUAGCAGCCAUUGAUUCGUGGGGAAAUCUGUACACCUGCUGCCUGCCGAGUUCUCGCCGGGUGCUGCUGUGAGAGCCAUGGCCGUGGAGGCUGUGUCUGGGAAUGGCGCCGAGGCGGUGCCGCCGGCGCCGGCGAGGGAGGUGGGUGUGAAGGCGGCGGAGGUUGCUGUGUCCGAGAACGCGUCGUUCAGGGAGGAGAGCAACUUCCUGGCUGAUCUCAAGGAGAACGAGCGGAAGGCGCUCGUCGAGCUCCGCGACAAGGUCGAGGCGGCCAUCGUGGAGGGCAAGCUGUUCGAUGACGGCAAGGGGGAGGAGAAGAAGAAGAAGAAGAAGGCCGAGGCAGCUCUGGAGGAGAAAGAGGAGGAAGGGAAGAAGGGGGCCGGCGCAGAGGAGAAGAAAGAGGAGGAAGGGAAGAAGGGGGCCGGCGCAGAGGAGAAGAAAGAGGAGGAUGGCGAGAAGGAGGCCGACGCCGAGGAGAAGGAAGGCAAGGAGGAGGCCAAGAAAGAAGAAGCCGGCGAGGGCGAGAAGACGGCGGAAGAGGAGAAACAGGCGGCGGCUGUAGUCGACAAGGACAUUACCCUGUGGGGCGUGCCCCUGCUCCCGAGCAAGGGCGACGAGGCCACCGACGUCGUGCUCCUCAAGUUCCUCCGCGCGCGCGACUUCAAGGCCAGCGCCGCGUUCGAGAUGCUCCGCAGGACCCUCCGCUGGCGCAAGGAGUGGAAGGGCUUCGCCGGAGAGGUCGAGGGCGACGACGGCGCACAACUCCCGGGAGAGCUCGAGGGCUCGUGCUACCUCGACGGCGCGGACCGCGAGGGCCACCCGGUGUGCUACAACGCGCUCGGAGUGUUCGCCGACGACGCCGUGUACAAGAAGGCGCUCGGCUCGGAGGAAGGCAAGGCGAGGUUCCUCCGGUGGCGGGUGGGCGCCAUGGAGCGACACGUGGCCGAGCUGGACUUCAAGCCCGGCGGCGCCGCUUCGCUGCUGCAGGUGACCGACCUCAGGAACUCACCGGGACCGGCCAAGAAGGAACUCCGCGUCGCCGUGAAGCAGGUGCUCGACCUGUUCCAGGACAACUACCCCGAGCUCGUCGCAAGAAACAUCUUGAUCAACGUGCCUUUCUGGUACUACGCGUUCAGCACUCUGUUCUACCCGUUCAUGACGCAGAGGACCAGGAGCAAGUUCGUCAUUGCUCGCCCGUCCAAGGUCACCGAGACCCUCCUCAAGUACAUUACGAUUGAGGCCAUCCCGGUGAAGUACGGUGGUCUGAAGCGCGACAUCGACACUGAAUUCUCCGCCGAUGACGGUGAAAUCACUGAACUGAUCCUCAAGGCAAGCUCCACCGAGACCAUCGAGAUCGAAGCCACUGAGGCUGAUGCCACCCUGACAUGGGACCUGACAGUGCUGGGCUGGGAGGUGAACUACAAGGAGGAGUUCGUGCCGGCCGAAGAGGGCGCCUACACCAUCAUCAUCAGGAAGGGCAAGAAGAUGGGGUCCGGCGAGGAGGCGGUCCGCAACUCGUUCCGCGCCGGCGAGCCGGGCAAGGUCGUGCUCACCGUCGACAACACGUCGUACAGGAAGAAGAAGGUGCUGUUCAGGCACAAGGUCAAGAGCGCAUCUGCCAAGAAGUGCUAAGGCUCAAAACUUACAGGCGAAUCAUUUGGAGGCGGCUGAGAUUUGUGGUGAAUAUAGGAUUCAAUAUUCGUUCCAUUCUUUUGUGUAAUAGAGAGUAACAUUGUUGGUGUGGUGAUUGCUGCGGCAUGAUAAUAAUUUACUACCUGAGAAUUUAAAAAAGAGUUUCA